AUGUCCUCCAACGGUGUUCAAGAUGCUCCCACUGGUGACUACCAGGAAGAUUCCUACGUCUCCCGACCUGGUCAAAAGGAGCAACCCAUUCCUGUGCAAUCUGACUCCGACCGAGUUGACGAACCCAUCGACGCUGAACAGGCCGACACUGACGCCCAGCUUGAGCGCGACGACAAGGAUGCUAUCGACGAGAGCAACAUCAUUGAGGAACGUACCCGAGGCGCUACCCAGCCUGGCGGUACUUACACAGAGCCCGGUGACGAGGAGGGUCUGCCUUCUGACGACGGCCGAAGCUCCAACUACUGA